CUUCCGCCAUCCAUGACAGUAUUAAUGAAACGAAAAGAUUCUCUAAAUAGUUCGUCAUGAAUGCAGAAAUCGAACCUCACAUUACAAAAAAAUAUGAGAUUAAGAAACGGUUAGGAAAAGGGGCAUAUGGAAUUGUCUGGAAAGCAAUUGAUCGUAGAACAGGUGAAGUGGUGGCUGUCAAGAAAAUAUUUGAUGCUUUUAGAAAUCAGACAGAUGCUCAGCGCACAUUCAGAGAGAUUAUGUUCCUUCAAGAGUUUGGUGAUCAUCCUAAUAUAAUAAAACUGCACAAUGUAAUCAAAGCUGAAAAUGACAAGGAUAUCUAUCUUGUAUUUGAGUUCAUGGAGACAGACCUCCACAAUGUUAUCAAAAGGGGCAAUAUUUUGAAAGAUGUUCAUAAACGUUAUGUAAUGUAUCAGCUGUUUAAAUCCACUAAGUAUCUGCACAGUGGAAAUGUUAUUCACAGAGAUCUUAAACCAUCUAACAUUUUAUUAGACAGCGAAUGUGUUGUAAAAUUGUGUGACUUUGGGUUAGCUAGGUCAUUAACCCAGAUCUCCAUGGAUGAGACAGGCGAUCCCAACUUGACUGAAUAUGUUGCUACACGGUGGUAUAGAGCUCCUGAAAUAUUACUUGCAUCACACAGGUACACCAAAGGAGUAGAUAUGUGGAGUUUGGGAUGUAUCCUGGGAGAAAUGUUGUUAGGAAAGCCAGUUUUCCCUGGCUCAUCAACAUUAAACCAAAUAGAGAGAAUUAUGGCUUCUAUACCAACACCAUCAAGAGCAGAUAUUGAUAGUUUAAAAACAUUGUAUGGAGUUUCUGUUCUUGAGAAGGCUGCUUCCACAGCUGGGAGAAACAGAAAAUCCUUUGAUGACAUGUUACCUGAUGCCCCAGCUGAUGGAGUUGAUUUGAUGAAAAAACUUCUGCACUUUAACCCAGAUAAAAGAAUUACAGCAGAAGAAGCCCUCCAGCAUCCAUUUGUCCAAAGGUUUCACAAUGCUAGUGCUGAAAUCAGUUUAAAUUUUGAUGUUGUUCCUCCUUUAAGUGAUGAUGUGCAGUUAACAGUAGAUGAGUACAGGAGUAAAUUAUAUGAGAUGAUAAUGCAGAAAAAAGCUGAACGAAGAAGGAGAAGAAAAGCAGAGGCAAAAAGUAGUGCGCUACAAAAAGAAGAAACAGAUGAAUAUCCACCUGAUUUUCCUCCAGAACACCCAGUCAAUGAAAAUGUUCACACAUCUCCCAAACGCCCUUCGCCACAAGUAGCACAAAAAUAUGGGCAUAUAGGAGACCAAGCCGGCUAUCAUCAUUCUGCUUUUGGUCGUACAGUACAUGAUCCUUCACAACCUGCACCUCAUCGACAAAAAGCAAUCGCUCGACAGAACAGUUAUGAAAAUGUUCAAGCAGCACAAAUGAAUGGGGGAAGGCACACAUCAGCUCCUGCAGCAAUGAGAGGUCAAGGAAGAUCUGUAGUUGCUCAGCGUGUUCAAAAUAACCCAACAAUUACACGUGACGAGAGAACUCGUGGUGGAAAUGGUUUAAUGGUUGCCAGUUCGCGUAUGGUACCUGGACAGCGUCCUAUUUCUGCUACCAAUACCAGGGCUAAGCCAGUUUUUGGGCGUAAACAGUUUAACAACGCCAUUAAUAAUCCUAGUGCAGGCGCACCCAAAGCUGUAUUUGGUAGCUAUUCUCAGGCUUAUGGCACGAUAUCUUCCAGUAGCUUGGCUGCUAUUCAACGCAAAUCUUGACUAGUGCACCCACACGAGGACUUCCAAUCCCAAGAACAGGUUUACUAUAUGACACCACCAAGAAUGAUGGAAGAACCGUACUACUACCCUCCAUCUCCUCCACUCCGACCAAAGACACUUUCUCAAAGAACUCACCAUCUACAGGAGAUGAGAGGCUAUCGACACUACUAACCAAGAGUGGAGGAAAAAACAUGACAAAAAUCUUGUGACUUUGAUAAGGGACAGUAAAGCUAUUUGUAACUCUUCUGUUAUCUUCUCAUUUGUGUGGAAAAAUAUCACUUUAAAAUUGUAUUGAAUUGAUUUUAUUUUCACUGUGGUGUAGAUGCUUUGAUGAAUGAUUCAUCAAUGGUAACAGUAAACUUUUCUUUGGUGGAAUUCUCAGGUGUGGGUUGUAAAACAUUGUAAAGAUCCAUGAAUAAGCCUUUGAUCAGUGUUUUUCAGUCUAGAGGAGCUGCAUCAAUCACAACCUUUGUACAUAAACAGUGAACAUUAUUUUAAAACUAGUUAAUAGAGAAAAGUUAUAGAUUUAGAAAAAUUGCUUUUUAAUUUAGUACUUCCUUAGCUGACUCAGAGAUAAAGAAAUAUAGUUAUUGCUGCUAUCAUCAAGUUUUUAUCCAAAGUAAAGCAGUGUUUGUUUAAAUAAAGACAAAAUUAAUUGCAGUCUUUGGCCUGUACUGUGACAAGUGACAGAAAAGAUACCAAUGGUUAAAAAAAGAUGCUUUGCUAAGUGCAGUUUUAAUAGAUAGUGUACAUGUCAACUUAACCUAUUGUCCCUUGUAGAAACAAGAUAAUAUAUUUUAAUGCGUAGCUGCACUUUUAAAUUUUUGACCAAGAUUAGAAUCGAGAUUUCAAAUUUUACAGGUCAAAGAACCCUUAUCAAAACAUAAAAUUCUGAAAUAAAUUGGAGACAAUGUCAAUCUUGUUAACUUAAAUGCUGUGUUCCAUUUAGCUAAAGGAUUUGUCCAUUAAUUAGUACAUUCAAUUAACGCUAUUGUGUUCAGUUACUUUUUAUUACAAUUUUUUUAUAAACUUGUAAUACAUAUCAUUUUGAGUUUCCAGUUUUAGUAAUCACUGUAAUAUUUUUAAUAUGUUUUUAUUUUUUUUUAAUUUAAGGGGAAAAUCUCUAGUGUGUUAUGGUGAAUGAGGAACCAUUAAUUUCCAAAACUGCUGAUGGGUGUUGUUUGAUAUCUUGUGAUUUGGUAGUUACUGGCCCUUGGUUGGAAAAGUUAACCCAAGGGUAUUUAAGUUUACUUGUACAUUCUGAUAACAUUUGACAGUAUUUAUACAAAGCAAAAAUUUAUUUACAAAUAUUUAUAUGAAUUUCACAUAUAACUUGUAUAUAAAUGUUUCUUUCACCAUUUAAUUUCUUUAGAAAAUUUUACAGUCAACUUAUUAAUACUAUAGUAUUUUUGGAAGUUUUUCAACCAUGCUUAGUACCACAUUGUUUAUUUAUUUUACAAGGCAUGGGAAAGUGAUAUGUAAGAAUCAUGUGAUAUGUUUGUAAAUAUAUGCAAAUUAAAAGCAAAUAUAGAAAUUAUCUGACACAAUACAUACAUAAACAGCAAUAACCCAUUUCUCUGUCCAGUUAAAAAUGGUGAUUAUUAACAUAUGGAUUAGAAAAUUGAUUUUUAUUGCUGUUUUGCAGUAUUGGCAGUUAAAAGUUCUAAAAGGGAAUGUUCUUUUCUCACAAAAGGUAAAUGAGUUAGUAAUGAAACAUUGCAAUUUCCGUCCUAAAUACUCUACCAUGGUUGUAUGUUACAUCACAUAAAAGACUAAUGUAAUAACUAAAAGCUUGUUCAAUUAAAAUGUCUGGUUACAUUUUUCAAAAUCCAUGUUAAUAAGAAAUUAUUAUGUGACUUGGAAGAUUUUUUUUGUUUUUUAUAAAAUUAAUACCAGCAAUCUGUUCUAUGCAAUCAGGUUUUCUACCAACAAAUUGCAAUAUAAUAUAUAUUUCAACUUCAAAUCCUGACCUUGGUAUUGGAACAGAUUUUGUAAUAAUUCUUGUUAGGAGAUAAGCUUAGUGUGAUGUACUCACUUUCAUUCUGUACUCAAAUUCAGUUGAUUAAAACA